UGAUAAUAGGCUAAUUUAUUAAUGAAAUUUUACAGUUGCGUACAGCUUGAAAUUGACUCCAAAAUGAGUACGACGAACGCACAAACUAAUUCGGGACACGCACACGAUGAGGCUCACUCGAGAGGAAGUACGAUCGACGCAUUUUUCGCCGGCACGGUGAUCCUUUUAACCGGCGCUACGGGCUUCUUGGGGAAAGCCCUUCUGGAAAAGCUGCUGCGCUCGUGUCCCGUGGCCGCAAUUUUCGUUCUGAUCCGUCCGAAAAGAAAUAAAUCCAUCGAGCAACGUUUCGAGGAACUGCUGAAUGAACCCGUUUUUGACAGGAUACAAACGGAGUUUCCGGACACCUUGAAAAAGAUCUUCCCCGUGAAAGGCGACGUGAGCCUGCCGGAAUUGGGGCUCGAACCCGAUGACAGAAAGAUGCUUUUGGAUAAAGUCAACAUAGUGUUCCACAGCGCGGCCACCGUGCGUUUCAACGAGCCGCUGAAAAUCGCCGUUAAUUUGAAUGUGAUGGGCACCGAUCGUAUGUUGGACUUGUGCAGGCGCAUGACAAACCUUAUUAGCGUUAUUCAUGUCAGCACAGCCUACAGUAAUGCUGAUCGACUGGAGAUUGAGGAAUCGAUUUACACUACGGAGGUGAAGCCGCACACGGUGGUCCAUAUGUGUGAAAAUUUGGAUGACGAGACGAUAAAAAUUACAGAAAAGAAAUUGAUCGGGAAACAUCCCAAUACAUAUACAUUCACUAAGAAUUUAGCAGAGCAGAUAGUAAUGAAGAAAGGAAAAAAUUUACCGAUUGCAAUUGUAAGGCCGAGCAUAAUUUGCGCAGCAAACCAAGAUCCAUUUCCCGGAUGGAUUGAUAAUAUCAAUGGUAUUACAGGUACGGUCAUAGUUAACUAA